AUGGAGCCGUACACACCACACACGCGCUCGUCGCGCAAGAAAACCCUCGGGUUGUCCUCGAAGGAGUACACCAAGAUUGCGGGAACGAUCGCAUCGGUUCGGCGAAAUCGAAUGGCUGGGGACGAGGAAGACAGCAGAGAGUCAAAUACGAAGGACUCGUCGUUCAUAGCCGAAACGUCGUUUGUUCGCGCCCCGUUGAAUUCGAGGGUUGCAGCCAACUAUGCGCAUCCCCGGCGCAGUAGCAAGGGCAAGGCUAAACAGGAAUCGUUGGAUCGAGUGCCCUUGGAGAUUCAAGAGGCUUUGAUUCUGGAGGAUCUACUUUUUGUAUUGAUGGGGAUCGAAGGCGAACAUAUCACUUAUCACCCUGAUUAUUCCCCUGAAGAUGACGAUCCUCUCCGUGGUAUCCAGUUUGUCGUGUCACCGUACUUGGGUAAGGAAUCCAAUCCCAACAUAUACGCUCAAUUCACUGAAACACGCCUAGAUUCCUCACUCCGAGACCUGGUCGACCGCAUCCUACCUCUCGGAACAUACUACACCGCGAUCCACGCGUUCAUCGAGAACCGAAGCCAUAUGGACUUCGGCCUGAUCAACCACGCACUCUGCGCCGCCAUCCGCGACAUGCUCAAGGACUAUCAAACCCUCCUCUCCCAACUCGAGCACGCGUUCAACACCUCCCCGCAAUUCUCCCUCCAGAAACUGUGGUUUUACGUGCACCCGACCAUCCACACACUGUCCCUGAUCUACCAGCUUAUUCUCGAUUUGGAUGAUACGGGGGGAUCGAUAUCGUCGUCUGAGAGUAGUUCUUCGGAGGAUGAGGAAGAGAGGGCGAGGAACGAGGCGCUUGGGCUCGGAGGCGCGGGUUUGAAGGUCGUCAUGUCAGAGUUCACCAAGGGCGAUACGACUCCUGCUGGCGCGAACGGCAUCUACGUCAAAGGCGGAGAAGUCCUCACUAUCAUCUACGAGAAGAUGCAGUACAUGGCUGGUGACCCCACGGCGCAUACCAUCUACAAAUCUCUCCUCCGAGCGGCGGCCAAACCGUAUGUCGAGAUGCUGAGGACGUGGGUUACGACAGGAAAGUUGGUCGAUCCGUAUGAGGAGUUGCUGGUCAAGGAGAGCAAGUUCAUUGAUCGCGGGAUAUUGGAGGUGGAUUAUACGGAUGAGUACUGGGAGAGGCGGUAUACUCUUCGAGAUGGCUCGUCGACUACUGGUUCGAAACGCCAUAUGGCGGGUGUCCCUCCUCCCCGGCCAAGUGGGAGACUACCGGGUGGAGCGUGUAUCCCACCUCUGCUUGAAGGAUGGAAACACAAGAUCCUCCUGGCUGGAAAAUAUCUGAAUGUCAUCCGCGAAUGCGGUAAUGAUGUGAAUCGGGACGAUCUCAGCGACGAAGAACUCUUCUUGGACGAAGAGAGUUUCUACACCUUUAUUGAAAACGCAUACUCAUUCGCCAACAAGACGCUCUUGAACUUACUCCUGAAGGAUCAGGAGCUCAUCCCUCGUCUUCGAUCUCUCAAGCGCUACUUCUUCUUGUCACAAGCUUCCUUCCUCACCCAUCUGCUCGACCUGUCCGCCACAGAGCUGCGCAAGGCGUCGCGAUCCGCUUCUAUCGUCAAGUUGCAGAGUCUCCUCGAUUUGGCUCUGAACAACGAUGCACUGGGAGAAGACGCCUUGUAUCGUGAAGACGUGAAAGUUACUAUGGCUGACAGUGGACUUUACGACUUCUUGCUCAAAGUUGUCAAUGUCAGCGGUGUCAUUGGUGGUGAGGAAGAGGCUGCGCACCAGGAAGAGCCUGCCAAGAAGGAGAAGGAGGAGAAGAAAUCGAUGCAAGCCAUCGACGCUCUGACAUUGGAUUACACAGUCAAGUUCCCCCUCUCCCUGGUCAUCUCCCGCAAGACGAUCCUGCGCUACCAACUCCUCUUCCGCUUCCUCCUCCACCUCAAACACGUCGAACAAUCCCUUUCUUCCAUGUGGAUCGAACAAAAGACAACACCCUGGCGCUGCCGCAUGCCCCACCACCCAGACUUUGAGCGAUGGAGACUGCGUGUAUGCUUACUCCGUACGAGGAUGCUCGCGUUCAUCCAGCAGAUUUUGGCGUUUGCUACGUUUGAAGUUUUAGAGCCUAACUGGAGGAACCUGGCUGCCAAGUUGGAGAAAGUGACGACUGUGGAUCAGCUUUUGAGGGAUCAUGUGGAUUUUUUGGAUACGUGUUUGAAGGAGUGUAUGUUGACGAGUUCGAAGCUCUUGAAGGCGUACUCGAGGCUGAUCCUGACGUGCUCGACAUUCGCGUUGUACACGGCGUCGUUCACCAAGACUGCUAGUAAUGCCAUUGCGGUGUCCGAGAAUGGAGAAGAGGAUCAGGGUAUGGCGAAGCGGUGGGAUGUUUUGGGCAAGUUUGAGACGAACUUCAAUCAUUGGUUCCAAAUUCACCUGGAUUGCGUUCAGUUUUAUGCAUCGAGUGAGAAUGUGUCGUUGCUGCCCCUUGUGGUUCGGUUGAACAGUGUGAAGGCCGCAUCGUAG